GUGAUUUGUGCAUUUUCAGAUAAAAAUGAAACAUCCGGCAGCCGUCUGGGAUCCCAGGAUUGCCACUGCAAAGGUUAAGGAUUCCAAUGGAGUUGAUCAGAUCGUGCUUCGGAAUCCACAAGGUGCCUCGGCUAAGGUUAGCUUGCAAGGGGGGCAUGUUAUUUCGUGGAGGAAUAACCGAGGUGAAGAACUCUUGUUUACUAGUAGUAAGGCAAAUGUUAAGUCUCCUAGAGCAAUCCGAGGAGGGAUCUGUAUCUUUUUUCCUCAGUUUGGCAAUUGUGGUCCACUUGAGCAGCAUGGAUUUGCUAGAAACAAACUCUGGACUGUUGAUGAAGAUCCUCCGUCACUUCCUGCCAAGGAUUCAAACGGGAAAUUGUUUGUUGAUCUGCUACUGCGACCAUCUGAGGAAGACCUCAAGUUCUGGCCUCAUAGCUUUGAACUGCGCCUUAGAGUUUGCCUUGGAACGGAUGGAAAUCUGACCUUAAUAUCUCGUGUCAGGAAUAUGAAUGGGAAGCCUUUUAGUUUCUCAUUUGCUUAUCACUCGUAUUUAUCUGUUUCCGACAUCAGCGAAGUGAGGGUUGAAGGGCUCGAAACAAUGGACUAUUUGGACAACCUUUGUCAAAGAGAACGUUUUACUGAACAAGGAGAUGCCAUCACCUUUGAAUCUGAGUUUGAUCGUGUGUAUCUUAGUUCUCCAAACUGUGUUGCUGUACUUGAUCAUCAAAGAAAGCGGACAUUUGUGAUAAGAAAGGAUGGACUACCUGAUGUCGUGGUGUGGAAUCCUUGGGAGAAAAAGUCAAAAGCAAUGGCGGAUAUGGGAGAUGAAGAAUACAAACAGAUGGUUUGUGUUGAUGGGGCAGUGAUCGAGAGACCGGUUACUUUGAAGCCAGGAGAAGAAUGGACGGGUCGCUUGGAGAUUCUUUUGGUGCCUUCCAGUUUUUGCAGUGGGGGUCUCUGUUUUUAAGUUGAGACACCUUUUGAAGUUGCAAUAUUUUUUCUUUAGAAGUUAGUUGUGUUAGAAUCUUGAGGCUUUUAGUUUUAAGUUUUAUAUAAAGCUAAAUGAUCAACUUUUUAUGGAGUGUCAAA